AUGGCUAAGUCUCAAGCUAUCAGCAGUGAUCUGCUGAGACAACUAGAGAUCAAGUUCACUGAACGCGAGCAACUCAAAUGGAGAAUGAAAGGGAUUCAAUAUGAAGCCGAAGACAAAAUUGAUUACAGUCUUAAGAACCUUCGACCUAAUAGAAGGAAAGUGCCAAAUAAGUCUGAUGUGCUGUACAUUGAGGAUAUGGUAACGGAAGUGCAAAUUGCACUGUAUUCGACACUGUCAGAAUUCAAUGGCAACCCAGAAGAUGAGGGCGACUCGGAGAUGCUUAUAGAGCAGCAGUUUGAAGCACUGCAAACGGCCUUAAAGAUACCUAAUAAGGGGUCUGAAGCUCGUUUGAUGGCAUCAAAGAAGUUUCUUACCUUAUUUAGGUCAGGUAAGUUGAGUGCUUUCAUCCUCGAUGAUAAUCCGCCCUCAUGA